CGAUAUCCAAUCGCGACCGUUAGCUGGGGCCGGGCGAUUGCGGUGGUACCAAAGAGGAGGAAAAAUCUGAGCGACCGUGCCGGGUGAUGUGAAAAGUCACAAUAGCACAUCAAAAGCAGGCUUUCCCAUCGCAUGCUCAGACCAUACGAGGAGAUAUGAGAAUUAACUUUUGUCAGAGGUGUCAUCUCAGACAUCCAUAUGCGUGAAGCUGUACAGCAUGUCAGCAUAUCUCUCCAGGGAGCGCAGUGCUCUGUUGAUGUUCAUUUAAGGUGAUGGGCACGUCUGAUCAGUGAGACAUUUGGACCUGUGGAUACUCGUCGAGUCUUGUUCCUCCAGUUAACUGACAGCAGUUCGCCUCCCUGCGCGUGGCACUCUUUUCGCCACCUCCCGAGUAUCUGAAGGAAGAUCACAGAGGGACUCGGACGCCUCCCAGCCGCACUCUUCCCCAGCCACACUCCCUCAGCACAUCGCCUCACCCUCACCUCCCCAAGAGGGAGAGAACAGCAGCAUGGUGCUGUCACAGAGACAAAGAGAUGAACUAAACCGGGCCAUAGCCGAUUAUCUCCGUUCCAAUGGAUACGAGGAGGCCUAUUCCACCUUUAAGAAAGAGGCAGAGUUAGACAUGAAUGAAGAGGUAGAUAAAAAGUAUGCAGGCCUUUUGGAAAAGAAAUGGACCUCAGUCAUCAGAUUACAGAAGAAGGUGAUGGAGCUGGAGUCGAAGUUGAACGAGGCGAAGGAGGAGAUGACACACGGAGGAUCCGUGGGUCAGAAGAGGGACCCCAAGGAGUGGAUCCCCCGUCCCCCAGAGCGAUACGCCCUGAGCGGGCACCGCGCCCCCGUCACGCGGGUCAUAUUCCACCCUGUGUUCUCUGUCAUGGUCACAGCCUCUGAGGAUGCUACCAUCAAGGUGUGGGACUACGAGGCAGGGGACUUUGAGCGGACCCUGAAGGGCCACACAGACUCAGUGCAGGACAUCUGUUUUGACCAGACAGGAAAGCUGCUGGCUUCAUGUUCAGCUGACAUGAGCAUCAAACUUUGGGACUUUCAGGGGUUCGAGUGCGUCCGAACAAUGCAUGGCCACGAUCACAAUGUGUCGUCUGUAGCCAUCAUGCCAAAUGGUGACCACAUAGUGUCUGCCUCCAGAGACAAGACCAUCAAGAUGUGGGAGGUGGCCACUGGGUACUGUGUGAAGACAUUUACAGGCCACAGGGAGUGGGUGAGGAUGGUGCGUCCCAACCAGGACGGCUCGUUGAUUGCCAGUUGCUCCAAUGACCAGACGGUGCGUGUCUGGGUGGUCGCCUCGAAGGAGUGCAAAGCUGAGCUGCGGGAGCACGAACACGUGGUCGAGUGUAUCGCCUGGGCCCCAGACAGCGCUCACCCCACCAUCCUGGAGGCCACAGGCUCAGAGAGCAAGAAGAGUGGAAAGCCCGGCCCCUUCCUCCUCUCCGGAUCCAGAGAUAAAACAAUUAAGAUGUGGGACGUCAGCAUCGGCAUCUGCCUUAUGACUCUGGUGGGACAUGACAACUGGGUGCGUGGGGUGUUGGUUCAUCCUGGAGGAAGAUUCAUAGUGAGCUGCGCUGAUGACAAAACUCUAAGGAUCUGGGACUACAAGAACAAACGCUGCAUGAAGACCCUGUGUGCCCAUGAACACUUUGUUACCUCUCUGGAUUUCCACAAGACUGCUCCCUACGUGGUGACGGGCAGUGUCGAUCAGACAGUCAAAGUCUGGGAGUGCCGCUGAGACCGCCUCCAUCUCGCCCCCAAACUCUAAAAACAGCCCUGAACCCCACUUUACCCGACCCCUCUCUUUGCACCUCAGCCCUCAUCCUUCUGUCCUGACACCCAGCCCAGCCCCUCACCUCUUCACACUCCAAACCAUAGUUGACCAUGGCGCUUUACCUUUUCCUCCCCCCCCCCCCCUCCCCCCGCCCCCCUCCCUCGCUCCCCCUCUCCUCCCCUCCUCCCCUACAUCAGUCCAGCCCUAUUAAGAUGACUAUUGUCCUUUUAUGUAAUUAUUCUGGAUGUAGGGUACGCUUAAUAAAUGUCACGCAAUCUCUGACACA